AUGCACUUCUUCUCCCAGCUUUUCAACUACGAGCACCCAUGGUCUCAUGUUGUCAUCGGAAUGUGGCACAAAUACCCAAAUCCACAUUGCUCGCACGUCGUUACAGUCGAUACGCUGUCGCGGACGAUAGAUCCAAAAACGGGGAUCGUGAGGACGGAGAGAGUACUGGGCUGUAAGCAGAAAGCACCAACUUGGAUAGUGAAGCUCUUCGGCGGUUCAGAAGACGCUUUUGUCCGGGAAAUAUCAUUCAUAGACCCCGCUACUCAAAGAGCCACUAUAACCUCCGUCAACCUCUCCCUAUCCCAAUUUGCGACAUGUCUAGAGCAAGUACAAUACUUCCCCUCAUCACCACAUCGCACGGCAUUCUCGCAGACGGCAGAAGUCCAGGCUCGGCUGGCCUUAUGGCGGAUGGCGGCAGAUGGCUUAGAAAAAUGGCUUGUCCAGCGGUUUGAGCAGAACGCGCAGCUUGGGAAGGUCGCUCUAUCUGAUGUCCUCAGGACAUUAUGGGAAGAGCGGCAUGCUGCGCAUGUAUAG